UCUAAGUACGAUGAACUUCGAAAACCGCUAUCCCGUUACAGCUUCCUUAUUCAUGCUGAGGGAAAUAAAAAAUCGUCAGGAAAAAGUGAAUCGAGGGUACCAGCUUUUGAAAAGGAAAGCCGAAGCUUUACGUAUUCGAGGGCGCCAAGCUGCGUCCGAAUUGGCGACUACUCAAGCGAUUUUAGGUCACACCUUGCGAGAAGCGUACAUAUCGCUAGCAGCUGUAAAGUUUACGAAUGGAGAGUCCAAUGCUUUAGUGUUGGAGAACGUAGGAGAGGCUCAAAUACGGGUUCAACGUAUACCAGAAAACAUAUCAGGAGUCACCACUGUCUCCCUACAAGUGGUGGAAGAUGCUACCGUCAACGAUGCCCUACGCUUUGCCGGCCUCGGCGCCGGUGGUCACCGCACCACAGAAACUAAGAAAGCGUUUCGGGAUACUGUGAAAAUAUUAAUUAAGUUUGCCUCACUCCGAAACUCUUGUUUGCUGCUCGAUGAAGCUAUUAAAUCCACGCUAAGAAAAGUGAAUGGCAUCGAAAAAGUUAUAUUGCCCAAACUACGAAACACUGAAAAAUACAUUUUAACCGAAAUGGACGAAAGGGAACGGGAAGACUUCCAUCGCUUGAAAAUGGUCAAAGCAAAGAAGAAUAUGGGUCAACUUUUGCCUACAGUAAAAUCUAUUAUGAAGCCCAUCUACGGGGAUAUCGACAAUUCUUCAGUGCCAUCCGUGUCCCAAGAGGAUUCGCUGGAAUGCAUUGCCUUGAGCCCUAUCACGAUUUCAACAACUACCGUCUCGGGUGGUGAUUUUAAACCGAUUUGCUACCCGCAUAACUGGGAUGAUGAAGAUUUGUUGUUUUAA